ACAGUUAAGAAGGAGCGGCGGGAGACGAGAGUCGAGUUCGCAGCGGGCCGGCUGACCCCGCUCGGGACUCAGUCUCAGCGGAAGGUUGGGCGUGGUCGGUCGGUCAGCAGGGUCGCGACCCAGGGUGUUCUUGGCCCGAGUGCGGAAUGUGCUGUUUCUCGGUUCCGGGAGCCCCGAGGGAGCGGCGCCUGUAGGCAGGGGCUGGAGACUCCUGGAACUCCGUAUGGCUUUUCAAUUUUAGUUGAAAUUCCCUCCAUGGCCUUUUGGAGUCCCUUGGUGUGUCUCCAGAGUAAAUUUCGAUUACUCUUCAUUUCAUCAAUGUUGGAGUGGCAAGAAAAAGGAGGAACUGAUUUGGGGUGAAAAGGCAUAACGAACUGUAAACUUCAAAAAAAUAAAAAUAAAUAAAAAAAGAAAGAAAGAAAAAGAAAAAAGUAAAGAUGGGUGAAAAGAAACCAGAGCCUUUGGACUUCGUGAAAGAUUUCCAGGAAUAUCUGACUCAACAGACUCAUCAUGUGAAUAUGAUUUCUGGAUCAGUUAGUGGGGAUAAAGAAGCAGAGGCUCUUCAGGGAGCUGGAACAGAUGGUGAUCAAAAUGGACUCGAUCACCCAUCUGUUGAAGUUUCUCUGGAUGAAAACUCAGGAAUGUUAGUAGACGGGUUUGAAAGGACCUUUGAUGGGAAGCUCAAGUGUCGGUACUGCAACUAUGCCAGCAAAGGAACAGCCCGGCUUAUUGAACACAUUAGAAUCCACACAGGUGAGAAACCUCAUAGGUGUCACUUAUGUCCAUUCGCAUCUGCUUACGAGCGCCAUCUGGAAGCCCACAUGCGUUCCCAUACAGGAGAAAAACCAUACAAAUGUGAAUUAUGUUCCUUCCGCUGCAGUGAUCGAAGUAACCUGUCCCAUCAUCGAAGGCGCAAGCAUAAAAUGGUACCAAUUAAAGGUACCAGGUCUUCCUUAAGCAGCAAGAAAAUGUGGGGAGUUUUACAGAAGAAAACAAGCAAUCUGGGCUAUAGCAGAAGAGCACUGAUCAACUUAAGUCCACCUUCCAUGGUGGUUCAGAAGCCAGACUACCUUAACGACUUUACCCAUGAAAUCCCAAAUAUCCAGACCGACUCGUAUGAAAGUAUGGCAAAAAACGCACCAACGGGUGGCCUGCCAAGGGACCCGCAAGAACUCAUGGUUGACAACCCUUUAAAUCAGCUCUCGACUCUGGCAGGACAGUUGUCCAGUUUACCGCCGGAGAACCAAAACCCCGCCUCCCCCGACGUGGUCCCCUGCCCGGAUGAGAAGCCUUUCAUGAUGCAGCAGCCCUCUGCCCAAGCGGUCGUUGCCGCCGUGUCCGCGAGUAUUCCUCAGAGCUCCUCUCCCACGAGCCCUGAGCCUCGGCCGCCCCACAGCCAGAGGAACUACAGUCCGGUGGCAGGUCCGAGCAGCGAACCGAGUGCCCACACCAGUACCCCCAGCCUAGGGAACAGCCAGCCGAGCACUCCGGCUCCCACGCUGCCAGUCCAGGACCCUCAGCUCCUGCACCACUGCCAGCACUGUGAUAUGUACUUCGCCGACAAUAUCCUUUACACUAUUCAUAUGGGAUGUCAUGGGUAUGAAAAUCCUUUCCAGUGUAACAUAUGUGGCUGCAAAUGUAAAAACAAGUAUGAUUUUGCCUGUCAUUUUGCAAGGGGACAACAUAACCAACACUGAUUGAAAAUAAUCACAUUAUGCUUUCCUUGGUUUUACCUUUGUGUUUUAUAGUUUUGUUUAUUGUUGUUUUUGUUUUUCUGGGGGUGGGGUCAUUCCUAAUAAGAUGUCUGCUAAUUUAAAGUCUAUCUACAUAUUUAUAGAAUGUAAGUUUGACAGUGGAAACAAAACUUUCUCCUUUUUUUUUUCUUCUCCCCAUAAAAAUCUGGUCAGGGUCACUUAUGUAUUAGAACAGUUAGACACAUUGGGGUCUAUUUUCUCGUUUCAUUUAGACAUUUGAGAAUUGGAGUGCAGUCAUAAUCCUAACAGGUAUUCAUUUAAAUUUCCCAUAUUUAUGGUCCAUAAAAUCUUCAAAGCUUAUUGCUACUCUUGGUAUUUCAACAUAUACAUUGCAGCUAGGUAAUUUCUGCCAUGAAUCAGCAUGGUAAAAUUACCGCCUCUUCCAAAGUCUAUUAACGGCUUAUUCAGUGUUUUCAGAGAGGAAUUGCCUUUAACAACACUCUUAACUGACAUGCUGUUUAGUUCACAUUGCUGAAGUUGAAGCCGCGCUUUCGUUUCAACUGAUAAUCACAGAACUACGUUGUGUAGAUUUUGUUUUCCAUAAGGGGAAAUGUAAUAGUGCAUUCCUUUCAAAUUACAGCUAUAAAAACACGAGGUAAAAGUUCUGAAAAGAAAUGAAACUUAAAUUGAAAAUGGGCUUAAUAUUUAAAAUACCUGUUUAUUCCAUUUCCAGUUUAAACACCUAUCUUUUUAUGCUGGUUUAUUGUAAAAGCCACAGGUAAAUACAGGAGAGUGCUAGAAAUAUAAGAGGGUUAUCUGUAAAGAUGCCUUUUUGUUUCUUUUAAUUUGAACCUUUCAUUUAAAUUCUCCAUUCUGACAUCAUUAUUGUCAGGCGAGGUUGAUAAGUAUACUGAGACUCUGUUAUUCCUUCUAUUCCUUUGAUGACCAAAGAGGUACAGUGGAAUUCAUCCAUCUCACUCCUCGGAAAUGCAGUCCUUUACACACAUGUACACGCACGCGCGUGCACACACACACACACAGAAUCUCUGAAAUGUCCGUUUCCUGCCCUCUGUCCAUUCAUCGUCCAUAAUUUCUGAGAAGAGGUGGUAUAGUAACACAUGGGAAAAUGUGGUGGUAAAGUAAUACUUAAAAAAAUGAGAACGUGUGUGCAGAGCAAAUUCUGGUUUUUCCUUCAGAAUUGGCCAUUUAAAAGGUUUGCUGUGAAUUCAAGUUGUAAUGCUUAUUUGUAGGUCCUGCCAGUUUUUCGUGUACAGUGACAAAACUAUACGGAGACUGAAUCGCCGCCUUAGUAGGAAAGGGUACAAAAAGUAGGAGAAUAGAAGAUGCAGUUAAAUGUGGUAUUUGAUUUGUUUACAAAAAUAAGACUUGCUAAAUCUAGAAUAAUUUUGAAUAGGAGGCUAUUGUUUUUAUAUUGUGUAAUAACUAGCUUACUCUGAAGAGGGCUUGGUCAAACAAUAAAAUAUAUUGUUACUAACUGCUGGUUUCUGUGUACUUUGCAAAAGUUUGAUUUUUUAAUUUGGUUCAGAUCUUACAAAGUGUUACUAAUUGGCUUCUUAAGGAGAAUAUCCUAACUACUAAGCAUUUAAUAAGCAAAAAAGACCUCAGCUCAUCUAUAGUAACUAAAAGGGAAACACAGACAGUGUAUGUCCCCAGAACCCCCAAGUGCCAACUUAAUGAAUCUUCUGCCCUCCCUUCCAAAUGCUAGAAAGCCAGUAAAAGGAGUUCUUGUGGUUUAAUGUCCAAUUGAAACUAAUCUCAGCAGCACUGUUGAGAGAGCAGCAAGGAGUCUGUCCAAACUGUCAAUAACUCUCUUCCUUGUCAGAUCUGAGGCUUGUGCCAUCUACGAUUGUAUUUCUCUUGUAGCUUCACUCACUCACCGCUCAGAUCCACGUUCAUGCAACCAUUUCCAAAUCUGACUUGGCUCUAGUAUUUUUUUAUUGCCAGGAGAAACAGGUUGCCGUCAUUUGGAAGCUUUUGCAAUUCAAACGAAAGCAAUACUCUGAGAUAGAAAAUGAGAGAUUUCAUUAAAGAAAGAGGAAGGACUCUCAUUAAAACCAGUUUAUUAACUCUAUAUUCUGGGCCCAAUAGUGACAAACACUUUUUUCUGACAACUAAAGAUAGAUGUUUUGAAGGUACAUUUUAAUUUAAACAGAGAAUAUCUUUUUUUUUCAUAAUUAUAAACUAGAAUUAGAAAUCUAAUUUUCCUAGGACUUAAAAGAGCACAGUCCGUGUUCCAAAGGCGUCAGUGCUUGAGCGCUACAAUUAAUUCUAAAUGCACUAAAGUUUUUGAAUCAAAUCUACCUUAGAAACUUUUUUAGUAUUGUAUUUUUUAAAAAGAUUUAGGAUUUUAUUUAAAUUUUCUGUGAGUUAAAUUUUAUACAUGGAAAGAUGAUACUAUCUUCCAUUAAGUGUUGAAUAUGUUUCUCCCAUUUUAUUUUUAAUCAAAUAUUUUAUAGAAAUGAGCUGCUAGGAAAAGUUGAACGUGAACUAUUUAUAGUACUUUGCUGUGAACAGGCAGUGCUCUGAAACUAAAAUUAUUUUUGUUCAGUGAACAUAAGUUUAGAUUUUUAAAGUUCAUAGAUAAUUUAUCUCCACUAAUAUUUUUUUAAGAAACUGUGAAGAGAUUAACAGGGAAUAAUUUCAUUUCAGAUUUUACUAAUCUAGUAUGUAGCUACAACUUCUUGAAAUUCAAGUAAAGGCUAGACUUUUACUUUGAAUAUUUGCCACUGCUAUUUCAUUUUAGAAAUAAGUGUUUGCCAUUUAUCUGCAGAAUUGUUUGACAAAGGGGAUAUUCCUUUAAAAAUGUUCAGAUAAACUUCAUUUUAAGUUUUACAAAGAUAUUUAUCAAGUGGAUGUAUUAUUUUUAAAGAAAUUCCCUGCUAAGGACUUUUUCAUUAAAUAAUCUUAUUAGAGGGAUUAUGAUUUCUACAACUUGUUUUUGUUCAUAUGUACUUUGAUGUAAAGAACAUAUUUUAUAUGCAAAACAUAAAACCUGAGUAUGGUUGCAAAACACUACAUUGUUUAGGGAUUCCAGAGAGCAGUUUGAUGCUGAAAUAACCAUAUCUAGUCUGUAGUUCAUAUUGUGAAUUAAGCUUUGCUUUUGUAAUACAUGAAUAAAAAAAUAACACUUCUA